AUGGCGGCUUCUGCGUAUGAUAAAGCAGUGGAGCUCUAUUCAGUGAUAUACAUCAAAGGCCUGAAGCCUCCCAGGGACCUUUGGCAAAAGCUUACGAAUGAGGGAGUUGUAAUAAACUCUAUGGGAAAGCCAGAAGAGAAACAAGUAGCUGAUGAGGAGAUCAUAACCCAGAUUAAGGCAUGGGCUGAGACUUGUAGAAAAGGCACGAUGUUACUUACAACAUCCGAUGGUGACUAUGGUGAAUUGAUGACCUCGUUGGAGAAGUCUGCUUACACUACCGAGCUUGGACCUGCUGGAUCAAUGGUUUCUCCUACCUUGAAAAUCGUUGUUUGGGCUGAAACAAAAGAAGAAGCGUGUGUGGAUUGGCUAGCCACUAGGCAUGGGAUUAUUACCGGGGAUCUUUUACACCUGUUGAAUGGAGUGUCUAUUCCUGAAAGAAUACGAAGGCAAGGAUGGAGGAGAUUUACGCUUCCAAAGGCAGAAGAUGAUGACAGCCACAGCAAGAACGAACAAGAUGCAGAUCAAGAUCAGGUCACCCAAGGAAAUGCUCUUACUAAGAGUCAUUCUGGCAGCUGA